AUGACAAUAAUGAUGCUUCUUUUGUUCCUGUUCUUUAUUACAUGCAAAUUGUAUGCUUUGAAUUGUACCGUGCCUGAUGACCCAUUUCCUAUACCCCAUCACUUUGCUCAGCCAGGAGAUGUUAUCAUUGGUGCAAUUCUCUCUCAAGCUUUCUUCUUCUACAAUAGCCCUUCCUUCAGAGAAGAACCCUCCCAGAUGUUGAUCAAUGAAGUGAUUUAUGAACUUAAAUCAUAUCAGCAUAUCCUUGCUUUGGUGUUUGCUGUCAAGGAGAUCAAUAGGAACCCUGAGCUCUUACCAAACAUCACUUUGGGUUUCCACAUUGUGAACAACUACUUUAUUGAGAGGAUAACCUAUAAGGCAAUUCUGAGCUUAGUUUCUCCAAAGCAGAAGUUUCUUCCAAACUUUUCUUGUGAUUUAACAAAAACAUUUAUUGUUGCCUUUGGUGGACGUUUGACUGUGGCCUCCUCCAUUAUGGCCACUGUUCUUGUCAAUUACAAGAUUCCACAGCUUGUCUAUGGAACAUUUUCCCCAGUACAUGGUGACAAAGAUAUAUUUUCAAUCUUGUACCAAAUGGUCCCAAAUGAAAUCCAUCAGUACACUGGUAUUAUUCAAUUACUUCAGCAUUUUGGAUGGAUUUGGAUUGGGAUCAUAGCUGUGGAUGAUGACUAUGGAGAUAUGUUUUUGCAGAGAAUUGGACCAUUGCUUUUCCAAAAUAACAUUUGUUAUGCUUUCAUGCUUAGAACACCAAAGAAAGCAUAUAUGGAUGAAUAUACACAGCUGAUUUCAGUGCAGUUAAGAUAUGAUCAACUCUUUAUCGAUGAUAAAGUAAAAGUGUGUUUAAUCUAUGGAGCACCACCAUCCAUGCAAAAUCUGAGAAUUAUCAUCCUUUUAGCAUCUUUUUUUUCAUGGCCGCCUUUGGGUAAAGUGUGGAUUGUUACAUCCCAUUGGAAUUUUGGAUCACUGCCAUUUCAAAGACUUUGGGAUAUGCAGAGUUUCCAUGGUGCCCUUUCAUUCACAGUUCCCUCAAAAGAGCCACCUGGAUUCCAAGAAUUUCUUCAGACUGUAAGGCCAUCCUGGGCAAAAGAAGAUAAUUUCAUUCAGAAUUUUUGGGAACAGGCAUUUGGCUGCCCAUUACACAUUUCCAGUAUAAAUGAAGAUAACAAGUUAUUGUGCACUGGGGAUGAAAAGUUAGAGAGCUUGCCAACUACAUUCUUUGAUAUGAACAUGAGUGGUCACAGUUACAACAUUUACAAUGCAGUCUAUAUUGUGGCUCAUUCUUUGCAUGUUUUAUUAAAGUCCAGGUCCAGAUAUAGACAUUUAAUGGGAAGAGAGCAAUUAAUAUUUCAUAAUUUAAAACCAUGGCAGUUUCAUUCUGUCUUGAAAAGCAUUGUAUUCAACAAUACGAUGGGAGACACUAUCAGUUUUGAUGGAAACAGAGAAUUGAUUACAGACUUUUAUGUUGUAAACUGGAUUAUUUUGCCCAAUAAUUCCUUUUCUCGAGUCAAGGUUGGAACAUUGGCACCUCGGGCUCUACCAGGCAGAGAAUUAACUCUCAGUGACAAUCAAAUUGUAUGGCACAGAAGCUUUAACCAGAUGCUGCCUGUCUCUCUUUGUAAUGACCACUGUGAUCCAGGCUCCAGCAGAAAGAAGAAGGAAGAAGAGAAAUUUUGCUGCUAUGAUUGUGCACCUUGUCCAGAAGGGCAGAUCUCUGACAAAAAAGGUGGGACAAAAAAAGAUAUGGAUGCUUGCAUGAAAUGUUCAAAAAAUCAAUAUCCCAACAAUAUGCAAAAUCAAUGUAUUCCCAAAGUGCUUACCUAUCUCUCUUAUAAUGAACCUUUGGGAAUCGUCUUUAUUACAUUGGCUAUUGUUUUCUCUUUGCUUACAGUCCUUGUUCUUGGAGUCUUUUGGAUGCAUCGAGAAACUCCAAUUGUUAGAGCCAAUAACCAAAGCCUCACUUGUAUCCUCCUCCUUUCCCUUCUUCUCUGCUUCCUCUGCUCCUUCCUCUUCAUGGGAAGACCUGAAAAGAUUACUUGUCUUUUACGGCAAACAACUUUUGGCAUUAUCUUCUCAGUGGCCCUUUCAUCUAUAUUGGCAAAAACCAUGACUGUGGUUCUGGCAUUUAUGGCAACCAAACCAGGCUCUGGAAUGAGGAAAUGGGUAGGGAAAGGACUGGCCAAUUCUAUUGUCCUUUUGGGUUCUUUCAUCCAGGUGGGGAUUUGCAGUCUUUGGCUGAGCACCUCUCCCCCUUUCCCAGAUACAGACCUGCACUCACUGAAGGGAGAAAUCACAAUGGAAUGCAAUGAAGCUUCGGUGAUCAUGUUUUACUGUGUCUUGGGUUAUAUGGGCUUUCUGGCUAGUUUGAGCUUUACCAUUGCUUUCCAAGCCAGGAAACUGCCCAGCAGUUUCAACGAGGCCAAGUUCAUCACUUUCAGCAUGUUGGUCUUUUGCAGCGUUUGGCUUUCAUUUGUUCCAACCUAUCUGAGCACCAAAGGGAAAUACAUGGUAGCUGUGGAGAUCUUUUCUAUCUUAUCCUCCAGUGCUGGUUUAAUGGGAUGUAUAUUUUGUCCCAAAUGCUAUAUCAUUCUGUUGAGACCUGAGAUGAACAAGAAGGAACAUUUAAUAAGGAAAGAAAAGUAA